UGAAAACAUCAGUUACGAUUUAGCAAUCGGCUAGUGUGGAACACAGAUUGUUGGCAUCAUCAAAAUGGCUGAACCAUCUGACAACUUUCUUAUGAUCAUCUAUAAUGUGCUAUGUCUCAUAGUUGAAGUAUUUUACACUAUAGGCAAAUUCUGGUUCCUCGUAUUUGAAUCAUACUAUAAAACAUUCACAACAGAAGAACGUAGUGUAAAGGGUGAUAUUGUGCUAGUUACUGGAGCUGGUCAUGGUAUUGGAAGACAAAUAGCUGUUCAAUAUUCUGAACUCGGAGCAACAGUUGUAUGCUGGGAUAUUAACGAACAAUUGAACCUUGAUACUGUUAAAUUAAUCAAGUCCAAAGGCAAAAAAGCUUAUGGCUUCACUGUUGAUGUCACGAACCGAGAGAAAGUCUUAGAAGCUGGCAACAAAGUAUUGAAAGAUGUUGGAGAUGUCACGAUUUUAGUAAACAAUGCAGGAAUUAUGCCACAGCAUGAGCUUCUCAAGCACACAGAAAAUGAGAUCCGAACAAUCUUCGAAGUUAAUGUUUUCGCCCACUUUUGGAUGUUUGAAGCCUUCUUGCCAAAAAUGAUUGCAAACAACAAGGGACACAUCGUAGCUCUUUCAUCAAUGGCUGGCAUUUUGGGUUUACGUAAUUUAGUGCCAUAUUGUGGCUCGAAAUUUGCUGUUCGUGGAAUUCAAGAAGCUCUUUCUGAGGAACUUAGGACGUCUUCAAAAGGAGAAUCACAGAUAAAGUUCACAACAAUCUAUCCAUAUAUGGUUGACACCGGACUCUGCAAGUCAAUGAAAAUUCGAUUUGAGAAGCUAAUGCCAGCAGUAGAGCCGGAAAGUGCAGCAGCAUCAAUUAUUUCAGCACAAAGAAAAGGAAUCGAGGAACUUAGCAUUCCAAGACAUUUGAUUCAUCUUAAUCGUGUAUUUAGAGUCUUCCCAAAUAAGGCUGGAAAAGUAAUGGCUGACUUCUUAGAAGCUUAUGUACCAUCAGACAAAUAAAUCCUCACAAAUUAAGUUUUGAUUUUCAUUUUUUUUUUAUAAAAGGUUGAAUAAAAAAAGCUUUUAAAUUUGAAA